AUGAGUAAAUUAUAAGAAUCAAAUGCAGUUGAAAAUAACAAAAAAUAUAAAAUAAAAACAGAGCGUAGUUAAUUAAUGGCAUCACCAAAAAACAAAGAAAUUGAUGGCUAAGAAGAUUUAGCAAGGAAAUUAAGUGACAAUUUCAAGGGCUACUAAAAAGAAAUAGAAAAAUUAGAAGCAAUUGUAGACAAUAAAGAAGAUUAAAUACGAAAACUUUAAAACUUAGUGAAACUACAAUAAAAGGAAAUUGAUCGAUUAACUCAUAUUAAUGAAUACUUAAUGCAAGCUAAUCAAGCUAAAUUAAGUAUCUUAAGAGAUGAGAGAUAAUGGAAUCAAGGAAGUAAAUCAAAUGUAAAAAUAAAGAAUCAUAAAUGCCUUAUGCCUUUAGAAAAAAAGGUUAAUAAAAUACCUGAAGAUAAUACAUAAUCAAUUAAAUUAUUUCGAAGAUAAACAUUUCGUAAUCCUACGUUAAUGAAAUAUCAUUAAGAAGAAGGAGACACAUUUAAAAGUGAAAGGAACACAUCUGGGUCAUCUAAUUUUUAUGAUAUUUUAUAAUAAGAAGAUUGCUUUAGAACUAAUGCUAUUUUAAAUAUUCAAUUAUGUAAUAUUAGAUUUAUGUAUGAUAGCUGAUGAAGACGCAACAGUUUAAUAUAAUUAAGAUGGUACAGUAUCAUUAAUGAAAGUACUCUUAGAUUCUGAAGAGAUCUUUGGUGAGAUUAUCUAAUCAAUAUCAGCAUAAAAGUUAUCAUUUCUUUUUGAUAAAUUUAAGAGAGUAAUGUCAGAUCAUCAAUAAUUAUUUAUUUUGGUUUUAAGAUUGAAAAAGAUUGUAACUGGAGCAUUAUAAAUGAAUACAUCAGUAUUACUUGAUGAUGCAUUAUAAAAUAUAAUAGAUAAAUGUGUUGAUUGUUUAGAAUGUGAUAGAGCUUCAUGUUUUAUUGUAGAUUAGGCUAAAAAAGAAUUAUGGACUAGAGUAGCUAAAGGAACAUCAACAACUAUUAGAUUGUAAUUUGGUUAAGGAUUAGCAGGAUUUGUAGCUUAGAAUCAUGCAAUCUUAAAUAUUGAAGAUGCUUAUAGAGAUUAAAGAUUUAAUACAUAAUAAGAUGUAAAAAAUAAUUAUAAAACUAAAACACUUUUGGUCUCUCCAAUUUUAGAUGGUGAUAAAUGUAUGGGAGUACUUUAAUGUGUCAAUAAAGCUAAUGGUUUCUUUACUAAAGAUGAUGAAGCCUUAUUAUAAAUUAUGGCUGAAUUUAGUAAAAGUGUUCUUAAAAAUGCUUUAAAUCAUGAUGCUUAAAUGUUAAUCCAAAAUAAAUUAAGACAUAUUAUCAAAACAGGAAUCAUUUUAUAAGGAAAACAAGAUAGUUUAUUAGAAUUAUUGCUCUCUUCUGAAGAGCGUCUUAGAUCAUUAAUGAAUGUCGAUCUUGCUAAAGUAAUCUAUUUAGAUAAUUACUUGUAUCAUAUAAACAAAGAAGGCAAGAUAACUGAGACAUAGAAUUUAUUAGGAAUAGUAGGUAAAUGUAUUGAUGAAUAAUAAUUGAUUGCUGUAAGUAAUUGUUAUACAAGUCCUAUAUUCAAUCCAACAAUAGAUAUUGAAACAAAUAUGCCUAUAAUUUGUAUGCCUUUGAAAACUCAAAAUCAUAAAAUUAUUGGGGCAAUUUAAGUUGUCAAUGUAAAGGGAAUAGGAAAUAUUUCAUCGAAUAGUGAUGCCAAAGUAAAUUCAAUUGAUUUAGACAUGUUGGAGCUCUUUUGCUAGCAUUGUGCUUAAUCUUUAAUGUAAUGUAAAGUACAUACCUAAAAAUGAUG